AUAAAAUUUGCAACAGUGGCGUGUCAUGCGAAUGAAAAAUUAAUGCAAACUGGUACGUCAUUCUAUUGUUAAGUCUGAGCAGAGUUCGACCUAUUCGCAAAAAAAAAAAAAUCUCGUUGUUUUCAAAAAUACUUCACCGACGUGCUUCAGUAUGAGAUAUUUUCUUCAUAUGCAUGUGAAUUUAUACAGCUGGAUAACUUGGUGUAUUAAUUAAAACAGGAAUCAUUAAUUUAGAAUAAUAUAUAACAGAAUACAUCAUUUUACUUUGUUUAAUUAUUCUACCUAUGCAAAAAAAAAAAGGAAGUCCAAGAAUAAAAUAUACAAAAAAGAGAAACGGCAAAUGAUUUUUAUCUGACUAUAAUUGGAAAUCGAUAUAGAAUUUAACGAAAAUCACACCAGUUGAAACCGACUCGAUGUUGCCUAAAAUGGACGUAUUCCAACCGGAAAUGGAAUGGAAAACGCGUCAAUAUUAUCAGUCUGCUGAGGUUUCUGUGGACCAAUAAACCGUGCUGCAUCUGGACCGGUUAUGUCGAUCUGUACAGUGUCGAACUCAUCAGACAUAUCCUGCGACUAUGGAUGCUGUGGGACUGCAGACAACAGGGUCUGUUGUGAAUUUACAUUAUCGGACAGCAUUAUCAUUGUUAUCUGUGUCGUAGGGGCGCUUGUUGUAGUCGCAAUCGUGGUGGCGCUUAUUAUCUGUUUGACCAGCAAACAGAAAAACAGGGUGAUGCAAAUAAGGCCACGACAGCGCAGAAACAUGUCGGAAAAUUUAGAACCACGUGGUAGGCGGGUUGAUAUUCCGAAACCGCCUCCUUAUUCCGAGGCCCCUCCACAAUAUGAUUCUUUACAUGUUUCCGAUGACUCAAGGUCAAAUCCAAGGUCAACCGAUCCAAUUUUGCCAGGGUAUACGACCAGUAAUACUCGAGGCGGCGCUAGAAGACAGCAUGCGAGCAGACGACAUAAUCAACAAGCAGAAGAGCGGCGUUCGAACCGAACUGAACCUUCGGACGCACCACCUUCAUAUAUAAGUAUUAUUCAGGUACAAUCGAGUGAUAAUGCAAAUGAUAGACACCAUUCUCCAGAGCCCGGAACUUCCGGUAUGGGGAACAAUACUGUUGGUAGAUUAAGUAAUAAUAAUGCGACUCCACUGUCCGUUAUGGAUCAAACCCGCAAUGACUCUCCGCACCCAAGCUUAGCUAGCGGAAGAAUAUCCAUGUUUAAUAGACAAAAUGAAAAUAGGUCUCUUCAUAGAACUGUCAGUGAAAGAAGUCGUCAAUGGUCACCGCAUCCUGCUGCCGGCAGACGACUGCUCGGAAAGGGCAAUAACUCUGUCACACCUGUUACAAUACGGGAGAUAAGUGUUCAUAGUCACUCAAUACAAAAUUAUAGCACCGGAAAUGGCAUCAGUACUGGAAAAGGAACUAAUAUCAAAAGAGGUAAUGUUCAAACGAAAAUCCCACGUCCUGUAAAACAAAAGAAAACGCUACAGAAAGAUACAAACUCAAAUGCAGUUUCAAAUGUUACAGCUGGAUUACUUCCUGGCGCGUUGGAAGAUGAGAAUGACCUACUAGGUUUAGGAGAUUCACCGCCUCCAAUGAACACAUCUGCUGCUGCAAGAAGUGCACAGAGGCACACAGUUCUCCAAAGAUUGCAACAAAGAAGACAUAUGAUCUCCCCGCCCCCUGUGCAAUGAUUGACAUCUAAGGAAAAACACAUGAUCGGUAUCAAACACUUUAAAAGAUACAACCGGACUACUCCUAGGCAUAUGAUGCACUGGCAAGUGUAUUCUUGAUAUCAAGGUGGAUAAUGCGACUGCGAUACAAAGAACGAAUCGCUGCAUUUAUUGCCUCCCUUAUAUUACAAUUUUAAUACGUGCAAACCUACUGAAUUUUAAAAAGCCGUAAACAUAGAACCAUGCACCAGCACGCGGGAAAAGUUGAAUUACCAAACUACCAAUCCAGCUGACCAGUUCAUAGAAGUAGGAGCAGGGAGGAGAAAGCAUAAGCCCCCCCCCCCCCACCCCCCACUCACACACACGUUUGGCCUUAAAAUCUUAUUUUCACAGAAUAGCAAUAAAUGACGGUUAAACGCUAUUAGGUUACUGCUUGUUUUUACAAUAGUAUUAAUUAAAGUAUAUGGCUGAAAACUUUUAUUUUGAUACAAAUGUUCAAAAAAAUUUUUUUUUCGUGGAAAAUUUGAUAGCUUUGCAGGUUUUGUACUCCCCCAUCCCUCAUUCCUGCCUCCCAGUUCGUUCAACUUUGAAAUAACUCCCACGUCAGUGCAUUGUGAAGUGUACUAAGUGCACAGGAUGCUGUUCAACAGGUCAUUCACGCUGAAAUCUUUGUUGAUAUAUGGUCCGGUCACGUAACGUUGUCAAUUAUUGUCAAAUGAACAAAUUUAAAGUUGAUAUGUUUUUAAUUGUUGUUAAUAUAUUUUAUCAGUAUUAAAGUGUUUUCUUUUUAUAAAAGUGGGUCACAAGUGCCAUCGUUAUUAUCAUCACCAUUAUCAUCAUCAUUGUGAUCAUCAUCAUCAUCAACAUCAUUACCUAAAUAAAAGCAGUGACAAUCGUAUACAAACUGUUUGUCCGUUCCACUGU